AAAACAACAGCGACACCGUGCGGCCAAACCCGCUUAUCUACACCCAACAAAAACACACCGGCUAUUUUAGGAGAAACGAUAACUGCAGCUGGUCAACUCUUAUAUUGUAGGUGAAUUUGUUCCUUUUAAUAUAAACCUCGUAUACUGUGUGUAUUUGUACAUCUUAAAAACAUUCACAGUGUGUGUUGUUACCUCUGAAACUGUGAGGUGGAGGUCUGCUGCUGCUGCUGCUGCUGCUGCUGAAGCUUCUCUGGAGGUGAACUCUGUUAGCCGGGAUGCUAACAGCCACAGCACGACGCCUCCUGACGUUACAUGAGCAGCUACACACCGGUUUGGACUUUUUCCUUAAGUUACUGGUUACUCGGUCCAAAUUUGGGUCGUGAAAGGUUACUUAUUUAAGUAUUAAAAAUAAAGACUUCUGAGAAAGUACUUGGUCGAGGAGGCGAGCUAUCAUUAGACUAGCUGGCAAGGCUUUCCAGAAAGUUCUUGAUAAAACGUGGCGACCAGAGUGUUUGAUAAAGUUAGACUUAAAUAACACUCUGGUAAACGGUCUUAAAUGAUGAAUAACAUGAAGCCCCCGAAGCUGACAAAGGUGUCCAUGUCCUCCAUCAGACCUUAACAGGACUUAGAAGUCAGGUAAGACCAGAGCUAGCAUGCUCAGUGUCACAGUUAGCUUAACCUGCUAAACUAAACUGUGACUGUGAACACAAUUUUAUUGCUUUGAGUUGUAGUUUAUGGCUUUUUUUUUUUUAUCUUUCAUGGAGUUGGCUGAAUUUUAACCGCGUCAAAACGGCAGGAGAGAGAGACAAACUGGACUCAUCCGGCUCCACAUCCAGGUCAAACAUGGACUCAGCAGCGGUGAGUGCACCUGCAGUCUGCAGCUGCUGUUUGUGAGGGUUACCAUGAUCACACAGCCAGUCUGUUAAAGAGAGUGUUGGCCUUGAACACUAUAAUUAAUCAACAUUAUUUUACAUUAUUGAAACAUAUUUGAGAUGCUACUGUGCUGUAUCAACCAGUUAUAAAACUGUUCAUGUUACGUGACCUUGCAAAGCAUAUUGUGCAGCCACACACUUUGAUCUUAAGUGGUUUUACUGUUUGACAAGGAUAACCAGGGGACGAUAAAUGAUUAAAAAAGUCACGGCAAUCAGAGGGACCAUGCAUUUGUACAGUGGCCGAGAACCGCCACUGCUGCAAAUGGGGAAAAAAAAAAAGUCACAACAGAAGUUACCGAUAAAGAAAAGAAAAGAAACCAAAGCCCACCGCAAAUAAAAAAAUUAUUGGUCCCUGGCAGCUCACUUCCAUUGUGGCUUUUUUUUUUUUUUUUUUGCACCCUUUAUUUUCGCAGUAAGAAACUCUUUUUUUAUUUUGCAUUGCCACAUUUUUUGCAUCUUUAACUUCCAUUGUGUCUUUUUUUUUUCAUCUGCACUGUUUCUUCUUUUUUUGCAGCAGCAGCAGGUUACGGUUUCUUUUUUUUUUUUGCAUCAGUAACUUCUGUUGUGGCUUUUUUUUUUUUUUCAUUCCUUUUUUUUUUUGCAGCAGGGGCGGUUCUUGGCCACCACACUUUGCUCUGAUAAAUGACAAAAAUGGGAAAAGGUGUGGAAUGUAACGAUAAAGAUAUCUAUUGGGUGCAUGCUGUGUGUGAAACGGAUUAAAGCAGCAUGCAAUGGAUGUUUUUUUAUUCAGUUUUUUCCUUCAGCUCAAUUCACUGAUCUUUUGCCAAUAAUAAGUAAAAAAUAAAGUAAAUGAUAUCAUCAUGAUUAUACAUCAUUUUUAUCAUCAGUCCUAAGAAUAAAUAUGAUAACCACUUUUCAAAUAUUUACAAUAUGUCGAGAUAUAUAUUACCGACAAUAAUAUAUAUAUACAUAUAUAUAUAUAUAUAUAUAUAUAUAUAUAUAUAUAUAUACUGUAUAUAUAUAUAUAUUAUUGUCGGUAAUUUUGUGGAAGAGUCUUACCACUGGUCAAAAAACUGAAAAAAUAAGAUACUGACAGUCAUGUUUUAUUUUCAGGAUUGAAUGAUUAUUUGGAAAUUGGCAUAAAUGGGAAAUGGACCACUAGGAACCCAUGUUUAUACCAUUAUAACAAAUUGUUGGCCCUGAACAUAAAGACAUACUCGAGGAGACUUCAUGACUCAUGGUGUUGGACAAAAAUGUCAUUUCGCAGUGAGCUUCGCAGAGGGGGGAGAGACUGAAAUACAGAUGUGUGAGGGCGCCUCUGAAAGAUAAAGAUAGAAACCCAUAGAAAAGUGCGGGCUGGAUUAAGCUUCUGCUUUGGCUGUGAAAUGGAGGGGGAGGGAGGAUGAGAUGCAGGAGAGAGCUCAUUGUGGGUCGGUGGGCGAGAGGGAGAGAGAGAGGAGAAGAAGAGAGAUGGAGGUUUAUUUCAUAAUAUGCUAUUUCCAAAGAGCACCACAGUAAGGGUGAAAGAGGGCAAAAUGCAGCAGAAACAGGAUUCUCAGAGCCGAGCCCCUGGCAGCCUGGGGAAGGUAGGAGUGUGUGUUUUUGUGUGUAUUAUUGUGCACAUGGAAGUGGCACAUGUAGUAUGUUUAUGUAGGAGCUACAAAGAGACAGCUUUGAAUGAUGUGAAUACAGCAGAAAGGUAGAAAUUCAGAUUAGUUUGAUGUUGUUGCUGUCCAUGUUGUUGUUGUUGUUGUUAUUGUUAUUGACUCACUAUAACUAUCCUUCAUGAUGUUAAUGUUAAAAUAAAGCUAAUUUCUGCGUCUUUAUGUUGAGGUCUGCCUCCCUGCCUGUUUGUCCAUGAGGCAUGUAACAACAGAUAAUGUUGAGUCUCAGUUUAAUUCAACCCAGCAGCUCCUGUGUGUGUGUUUGUGUGUGUGUGUAUCUUUGUGUAUGUGAACUGUCUCUACACAUCUCCAUCAUCUUCACUUGUGAGAGUCUGACCUCUCCUCUGUGCUACAAGCUUGCUUUCUGUUGUGGAAAUGUCACACAGUGGAGAUGAUGUUUAUUAUUUUAGGGUACAUUUUCAUUUUGUUGGAAGAAUAAAUGCAGACAUGUUUUAGUUUUUUAUUUUCUUGGCUGUGUGGUAAUUAAGAUGUUGAAUUUUUGUGAUUUUCCCUUCAGGAUUUUACUCUGUGGCUUACCCCUGAUAUUUCUCUUUGCCUCAUCCUCUUUUUCCCUCUUAUCCUCCUACACUUUCCUGUCCGUACAAAAUUCUGCUUCAUCUCGCCCUGUCUCCCUCUCUCUGAUCCUUUAUCUGCACGCUCUGUCUCCAUGUCAUCUCUUUUCUCUCCUAUGUCCUCUCUUUUCCAUUCUCCCAUUUUCAUCCUCCGUCUCCUCUCCUCUUUUUCUCCUCCUUCUCUCCUUGUCCUCAGGCUCACCCAGCGCUUAAAGCCUUCAUGUGUGGCUCUCUCAGUGGCACCUGCUCUACGCUGCUUUUCCAGCCUCUAGACCUGGUCAAGACACGACUUCAGACUCUGCAGAAUAACGCUAAACCAGGGUAUGUGCGUACACCCAUACACACAAACAUCUAAUAUAUGAACAGAUUUGUGCAUCUGAUGACAUUUCUCCUGCAUGCCAUCAAAUGCAUGCACGUCAGCACGCCUCUGGUGUUGUCCUUUCUCUGUCUUUCUCUGACUUUGACACAAACACACUCUCCAGGCACAGAGCAACACAGAUACACGCACACACACAGACAGCAUGGCAGGUCAACAUUUGCAGGCAGUGAGUGCCAGCCUGAAUCUGCUGUUAUGACCCAUAUAGAGCAAUUAGUCACACCAGCAGCCUGUAAUUUCACUGUCAAACUGUUAGCUUCUAAUUACUUCUGCCGAGGAUUUGAAUAAGAAACACAAACGGAAAAAAGUGUAUUUUAUUUCUAAGAGGAAUCCAGCUUUUGGAAAGAUAACUCAGGGUAUUGCGUGCUGCAGACAGGGUCAUCUCUACCAUGUAAUGUUACGAUGUUGAAGACAGUCAAACACAAACACCGUUCUCAGUUUGAAUGUUUUAUUUCUAAAGUUUUCAGUGUUCUACUUUGCAGUAAGAAAGCCCAUAUGAGUUCCUCUGCCUUCAGAGUACUAAUCAGCUGAUCAGGUCUAUGGUGUGUAGAAAGGGGUUUAAGCUCGCAGGGGAGUCUGGUUGGUGAGUGAUGUGGACCGAUUCAGAAAGGUCCUCACAUGCUUUUGACACCAAGUCUCAUGACAACAGUGGCUCUCUUGGUGGCUAACCUCCACACAUCAAAACAUCAACAUAAAUAUCAUUUAUAUUUUAAUUUGCUUAUACUUAACCUCUUUUGAAGCCUUCAGACCCAUGACUCGACCUUGUGUGCAGCGUAUGUUAGCCUAGCUUUUUGAUUGAUUCUGUGGCCAGUUUCUCAACGAAGUGGCCAGUGGACCAGGAUUUCCUGAUUGUUAAACAUGUUUUUUGACCAGAAUCUAAUAUAACUUAACUUGAAAACAAACAAACUGUCCUUUUAAUAGUUGUCUAAAAUAGUAAUCUAAAAUGUGUAAUGCCUUUACAAAUAGAUAGAGUGUAACCAUUCCCUGCAUUUCCUCCUGCAGCGCACCAAAGGUGGGGAUGUUCAAGGUCUUCAUCAAUGUUAUCAGGACAGAAAAUUUCUUCAGUUUAUGGAGGGGAGUUUCUCCAGUGAGUAAUCAACUUUUUAAAAAUGUAUUUUUUUAUAUUUUUUACAAUAACUUUGCUUAAAGUCUUGUUGUUGCAUCUUUGAGCAGAAUCAAUCAGAGUAAUAGUUCUUCUUUACUGAUCCACAAACACUCUCUUUCAGCUUACAUCAGUGUUACCUCUAUGACUUUCAUUUAGAGCUGGACUGACAUUCAGCUACAUAAGGGUUGUUAGUAAAGAGACAUGACAUGGAAGUGAAUCUAGCAGAGGACAUGGUUUUAAAAAAUAACAUUAGUCUGUUCAUAUGUUUAAAGUAUACAUAUAAACCUAGACCCAAACAAAGGGAUGACACACGAAUGUAUGAAAAAGGAUUAGGGCCACAAGAAGAAAAAAAAUAAUUAAAUUUCCAUUUCAAGAUUAAAGUUUAAAUUUUGAGAUUAAAGUCAAAAUUUAAAAAAUUCGAAAUUUUGACUUUAUUCACGACAUUGGGACAUUGUGAAACCUCGAAAUUUCAACCUUAAUCUCGUAAUCUGGAUUCUUAAUCUCUAUAUUUCGACUUUAUGGAUAUAAUUUUGAUUUUUAUUAGCUCAAAAUUUUGACUUUAAUCUCCUUCCUGUAGUAAUUUUUCUUCUCUUCAUUGGGCCCUAAUCCUUUUUUGUACUAACGUUUCAUAUUUACCGUACACUACGAGUUGAAAUGAUUUCACUGCCAAAGUUCUCAUUCAUAUUUCAGUCCUGUUAGACACCUUAGGCACUCUCAUCAAAAAUAAAAACCGAAUAAGAGAAACGUCUUUUGACUUCUCUGUCCUUCUCUGUUAAGUCUUUUGUGCGCUGCAUCCCUGGUGUUGGCAUCUACUUCAGCACAUUCUAUUCCCUGAAGCAACACUUCUUCCAAGACCGGGCACCCAAUGCUGGAGAAGCUGUUCUGCUCGGAGCAGGUGCCAGAGCUGUGGCUGGUGUCUGCAUGCUGCCGUUCACGGUCAUCAAGACCCGCUUUGAGGUGAGCUGCUGUUUCGUUACCCUCUGAGAGGCUUCAGAGUCCAGCUCACCUCUGAUUUGCUGAAGGAUUUAUGUACGACGUCACCUCUAAAUGUGUGAUUACAGGUCUAGAGAAUGAUUAGUGAUUGAUGAUGGUGCAAAUUAGAAGCAGUUUUCAGCGUAUGACUUUGACAUGUCGUUUCAGAGUGGCUGUUACAACUAUGUGAGUGUGGCUGGAGCACUAAGGAGUGUAUAUGAGACAGAGGGAAUCAGGGCUUUGUUCUCAGGGCUGACUGCAACGCUCCUUCGGGAUGCUCCGUUCUCUGGGAUCUACGUCAUGUUCUACAGCCAGGCCAAGAGGGCGCUGCCUCAGGGUGAGAGUUAAAGUCCUGAAAAAAUGCAGCACCUUUGCUCUCAAGAGCAUUUGUUUGACCGUUUCUUAAAGGGUUGUUUUGGAUCUGAGGGUCCUCCUCUGUUGUCCCUUGUGACCUGGUUUCUCGUCUCUCAGAGGUGACCUCGUCUGCCUACGCCCCGCUGGUGAACUUUGGCUGUGGGAUGGUUGCAGGUGUCAUGGCGUCAGUUGUCACGCAGCCUGCGGAUGUAGUGAAGACUCAUAUUCAGAUUAGCCCAUCUCACUGGAGUACAACAGAUGCCAUUCGCUACAUUUACGCUGUAAGUGUUUAUUUCAUCACAGAUUCUUGUCCUUUUUUCAGAGAACAGAAGUGUUAAUUCUUGUUGUACAUGCUGAACUUACCUGCUCUGUCUUCUCCAACAGGAGAACGGCAUGGCUGGAUUUUUCCGUGGGGCUGUACCCAGGUCUCUGCGUCGUACUCUCAUGGCUGCUAUGGCUUGGACUGUGUACGAACAGCUGAUGGCUCGAAUGGGCCUCAAAUCCUGAAGAGCAGCAAAAUGGCAGGACGAAAUCGGAAGGACUGAAGAAUGAAUUGACUGUAGUUUUUCAGCAAAAGUCUCAUGAAAGACAUUGAGGAAGUACAGAAGCUUGAACCAGCAAUACCAAGAUUUUUGGAAGAGGAAUCAGCAGGAGAAAGGUCUGAAAAUGAGGAGUAAGAAUGGUGUGUGUUAGUGUGUGUGUUUGUUUGUGGUAUUUAAAUGUUUGUGAAAUGUGCCUCUUUGUAUCUGUAGGGGUGUAAGUUCACACCUGACACACAUGCAAAUCUUGGACCGGAGUGACACUCCCUUCUGUGAAGUGAUCUUAUUCCUCCUGUUGUUGUGACGUUUAAACACUAUUAAUGUGUGACUAGCACAAAAAAAAAAAAAAAGGAAUUGACAGACGGCCUUGGUCUGUGCCAGGCAGCAUCAUUUCCUGUCAAAACCUGAAGUUUAUUUUCUUUGUUGUGAAGAUAACUGGAACACUCAGCAAGCUGGUGUCCAUCUGCCGAAGAAACCAAAAGAGAAAAAACAAACAGAAAGAGGGAGAGGGGAGCUCUGACUCCUGCCAUGUUUAGGAAACUUUCAUUAAACUGAGCAAUGUUUCCUUAUUGCCAACUAACAUGUGGGCAGAGACACUUUAUUUUUUAAUGCUUGGACAAUCACAAGUACACGCAGAACUGCAUUCUGGGAAGAAAAUGACAACAAAGCUGUUGUUGCCAUACUGCUCAAAACUAUGCCAUUUACAGUGAAUAUAAAACUUUUGUGCAACUUUGAAUGCGUUAAAAAUUUGAAGUUAUAACUGAAUCUCUUCUUUUUCCUGUUUUUAUAUUUUCUAAAAAAACAUUUGAAGAGGUCAAAAACAGGAAUGCUGAUGCAUCGUACCCUUUAUUAAAGUAAGCACCUUAUUAUUUGACUUGUUUUCUACACAAUGAUAAUAGAUUUUACCAGGGAGUGAAAUUGCAGCCUUCUUUUUUUAUCAUUUUGAUUUGGUUGGAGUGAAUUACCUCCUGAUUAUGUAGACUGCACAUUUAAGGAGAAAAAAAUUCAGCUUCCGAGUGAAGAGUGAAGUUAUUCCACAUCGUUUUUAAAUGUUUGACAGAAUCCAUAUCAGCUCUAAAGGGACGCGUACACAUGUAGACAGCUUCUUCCUGGCUUUGUACAUAUUUGACUGAUUACAGAGUUACUGGCCAGACUUUGAUUUUGCUUUUUAAUGUGCCCUUUGAUGUAAAUAUUAUUCAUUGUUGAUGAUGUAAAAACAGAGGUGUUCUAUUGAAAAUGGGAAUUAAAAAUAAGAGUUCAUGCAGACUAUUACUCUAGUGAUGGGAGAUAGUAAGACACUUGAAUUGAAUCCCUGUAAAACAAACUGGGAAGAUGUGAAUGUGUCUCGGUUGGAUGGUAGUAUGCUCGCCAAAGUGUGGUCAGCGAAAAGACGUAAAAGGAGAAACUGAUCAACAUGAUGAUAUUUCCGACAGCCUCAGUGUUUGCUGUACAUCACAAACUGUCUCUCACUGUGCCCUUUAUGUGCCAUCAUCCACACACGGAGUUUGAGUAUCUUCAUCUCCUGUAGUCGUCGAUCUGAUGUUUCUGAGACUGUCUUGUAUAAGGUCAUUGUUCAUGUAUUUGGUCUGUGCAUGUGUCUGCUCAGACAGAUGCUGUGCCUGCCUGUUUGUAAUGUCAAUAAAAUGACUCCUUUUUUAAAAUAAUCUGGAGUUCAUACUUGAAAUGAA